GUGGCGAGGCGUCAGUAUUGUCACGAUAGUUGGCGGGAGAGGAUAGUGUCCGCGCGUCUUGCGUCUCACCGCCACCGCCACCGCCACCGCUACCGACACCGUCACCGUCUCACCACCGGCAUCGCCAGCACCACGCCACGGACACCCCGACAGAUACCGCGGCCGAAACAGUGUUAGUAGUGGUCAGUGAGUGAUGCCAAGUGACUACAACGGUGACUACACUCCCUCACGUUUAUAGAUCUGGCUCUCAAAGUGUCGUCUCCACCGGCACCCAUGAGGUUCGACCAAGCCGACGUGGUGACCUGCAGCGCUCCGCCGUCGCCCCGCGGCCCCCCGGACACUUCGGCCGACAAGAUGGCUUACCACCCCGCGGCCGCGGCUUCCUUCCUGCUCCAGCGGCCGACUGACUUCAGCGUCAGCUCGCUCCUGACCGCAGGCGGCGGGUCGGCUGGAAGUGCCGCCUCCACGCCGCCGCAUCCCGGCUACCCGUUCACGCCGGUCGGCUGCUAUCCCGGCACGCUGAUACCGAAGCUGCCGCCGCCUCACGGGCACCCCUACACGACCGCCGAGGACGUGGUUUUGGCCGCAGCCGCCGCCGCCGCGUCCCACCACCACCACCACCCGGCCAUGGUGCGACCACUGAGAGCCAUACAACCAGAGGACGACGGGGUCGUCGACGACCCUAAAGUGACACUAGAGGGCAAGGAACUUUGGGAAAAGUUUCAUAAACUCGGCACCGAGAUGGUCAUCACAAAGUCCGGCAGGCGCAUGUUUCCCGCCUACAAAGUCCGAGUUAUGGGGCUAGACAAAAAGGCCAAAUACAUCCUCCUAAUGGACAUCGUUGCGGCCGAUGACUGCCGAUAUAAGUUUCACAACAGCAGGUGGAUGGUAGCAGGCAAGGCGGACCCGGAGAUGCCCAAGAGAAUGUACAUCCACCCCGACUCUCCCAGUACGGGCGAGCAAUGGAUGCAGAAAGUUGUCUCCUUCCACAAACUGAAGCUCACCAACAACAUCUCAGACAAGCACGGCUUUAUGAACAAUGAAGAAAUCAGUUUGACAAUACUAAACUCCAUGCAUAAGUACCAACCGAGGUUUCACCUUGUGAGAGCCAAUGACAUCCUCAAGCUUCCGUACUCCACCUUCCGAACUUAUGUGUUCAAAGAGACUGAGUUCAUAGCUGUUACCGCCUACCAGAACGAGAAGAUAACACAGUUGAAGAUCGACAACAAUCCGUUCGCCAAAGGGUUCAGGGAUACUGGUGCAGGGAAACGAGAGAAAAAAAGACAGGCGCUGUUGGCUGCCCAGAGGCACCAAGAGGACAAGCGGCCUCCGGAGCCCUCGAGGACCGACGCGGAGGACGAUAAGGUAGUGGACGUGGUGGGAACCUCGGACACUCCUUUGCACCCUCUCCACCCCGGACACCAUAUGGCCGGACAUCCCCAUCCAGCGUGGUUGUCUUUCUCUGCAGCGGGCGGAGACCCAGCCGGGGCACUCUCCGAGGAGAACGUGAGGAGGAGGUUGGCCGCUCAUCACCCACUACACCCGCUGCCCCUGCCACUGCCAGCACCGCCACCCCCGGAGGCGGACAGUGAACCGGAGAGUAGUUGUUCCGACUCGGGGCCGGCUUCCACUGCCUUCCGACCAACCGCCGCCUCACCAACAGAAGAAUCUCCUACAGCACCUGGGCCUUCUGGCCAACAACAAGGCAGUAGCGACUACCCCUCUCCUAACAUCUCUGUCGGCCCUCCCAUCCACCCGCCACCCCACUUGCUGCCGUACCUCUACCCGCACGGACUCUACCCAGGUUCUUCUGGCGGACAUCCUCUCCUAGGCCCAGGUCAUCCACUCUCGUUGUUCGGCGCCGCCGCGGCCCAUCAUAGCGGGGUCUCGCCCAGUCUGUUGGCCUUCAACACUCUCGCACUGGCCCAGCAUCCUUUCUUCAACCACGCAGCGGCGUACAGUGCGGCGGCCGGCCUGGGACCUCACCCGCACUCCCAUUCGCUCAAAGCGGCCGCCCUCGCCACGGGAGUGCACAGGUUCGCGCCGUACUCCCUGCCCGUCACUCCGCAUUCCGUGGUCGGCGGUUCUCCCUUGGGCUCGGCCUUCGAGACCGUCACACCGGGAACGACGAGUCCCUCCCUACAGCCCGUCACGUCGCCGCCCCCUACGUCCCCCUGCCUGGACAAGGUACCGGACGCUUCCCCCAAGCCCGAGAGCGGCUCGACGGCGAGCGAGUUGAAGAGUAUAGAGAAGAUGGUGAACGGACUGGAAGUGAAAGCCAGCGCCCACGCGGACCUGCUGAACCACCACCACGUCAAGUGCGAGGACAACGGCAAAUGAGAGGCAAGAGAGGGGGCGACGGUGGUCCUUACCGUGCGCUGACCGCUCCCGCCCGCCGCUGGGCCCCCACUAGUCAAGUCAGGUCCGGAAAAGUGGAGGUGUCGGUACCUCAUUCGUGUAAUUACUUGUAGAUAUAUUCGCGUGCGAUGUACAUACCGUGUACAUAGACUCGUUCGUUGUACAUAGACACAGUGGUCACGUGUACGUGUACAUAUCGUACUGUCGCCGUAUUUACUGUUCCGUGACUUACUCUACUGUUACAUUAUUGUUUAUUAGUCGAUAGCUUUAAAUGCACAAAGAGAUUUGUAUCAAACAUGAACAUGAUGAAACAGAAACGUGUGUUUGUCGUAGAGGAGGAUAGCCGAAGGAAACCUAGCAAUAACGUAGCUUCUCGCCAACAGCCUAUGUAGUGUAUAUUAUUAUUGGUUAGCAUAGAUUUGUGCUGUACUGAACUUUCAACCGAUAUAUCUAUGUGAAUACAAAAUAUUCAGUAUGAAA